UUAUAAAUAUAAUUUUUAUUCUUCUAAUAUAGAUGACCCAAUUUGAAGGAUCUAAAUUUUAAAACCAAUGAAUACUAACCUUUUAGUUAUGUCACAUAUCACUUAGACCCCUUUCUCCCCCACUUGUGCUAUCCGAGUGUUCAUCACUCGGAUCACUGAUCACUUCUGAAAUCUCUACCGCUAGAAUGUACACCAACCCUCCCUCUCUUUUUCGAUUUGAGCUACUUAUCUAUUCGGAUCUUACAUAAAGAAGCCCCCCUCAACUAGAUACUUGAUGGUGGACAAUUCUCGAUUUCCUCUUUCUAGCACUCUUUCUAGCACUUUCACCAGAAUCCCAUUUUCCAUUCGCUCACGCUCGCAUUUCAAGUCACCGGCGUUCAUCACCCGCUCUGACGAACCUUUGCUCUCGUGCUCCUAGUCACCUUUCAACCGUUUAUCAUAAAUUCAAAGGAGGAACGCGAGGAUUUACCCUGCUUCUAGUGUUUGAAGAGGAGCACGAGAGCGCGAGAGGGACAGAGAAAGUAGCUCCCUCCAUAUAAGUUCUUUGUGAUGUAAGCAAAAGAUUAGAUUCAUUAUUUUUAAAAUCCAACUCAUUCGACAUUAGCACAACCAAAUUUGAGAUCAUCCAUUUGUAAUAAUUAAUUAAAACUAAACACAAAUAGCCGAGAUCAGGAUGCAAUGGAAUGCCAUGAAUCAUGACACAGAACAGGACUCAUAAACACAAUAAAUUGCAACUAAGAAUUCGCACUCUAAUUCACCCUCGACCCUUCAAAACUCAAAUGGGUUUCACCAAUGGAGAUUGGAAAUCAACCCCACUUCUAGAAACCACAUGCAUCACUACAAUACCCAAAAAAAUCCCCAAAGAUUCAUUACAUUUAGGCUACAUAAUCUACUUUACCUUGGGAUUAGGUUACCUCCUUCCAUGGAACGCCUUUGUCACAGCAAUCGAUUACUUUUCCUAUCUCUACCCUGAAACAAACAUCGAUCGCAUCUUCGCUGUUGUUUACAUGGGGGUUUCCUUCAUUUGCCUAAUCUUCAUUCUCUGUUUUUCCAAAAACUCCAACGAACGGUUCAGAAUCAACUUGGGUCUGGGCAUUUUUGUGGUGACUCUGCUUGUGGUUGUUGUUAUGGAUGUGGUUUACAUUCAGGGCCAGGUCGGGUUGUACGGAGGGUUUUAUGUGACCGUCGGAUCGGUGGUUUUGUGUGGUGUGGCUGAUGCGGUGGUGCAGGGUGGAGUCAUUGGCUCUGCCGGUGAGCUGCCGGAGAAGUACAUGCAGGCUGUUCUGGCUGGCACCGCCGCUUCUGGGGUGGUUGUUUCAAUUUUGAGGGUUGUAACAAAAUUAAUAUACACACAAGAUGCAAGUGGCCUAAGAGGAAGUGCAAGACUUUACUUUGGUGUUUCCAUUGUAAUUAUGGUUAUAUGUAUAGUAUUUUACAAUGUGGUUGAAAAGCUACGAAUUGUGAAGUAUUACAAGGAGUUGAAAGCAGAAGCUGAAGCUAUGAAUAUGGAGGAAGAGGAAAAAGGAGGUGUAGCAUUGUGGCAAAUAGUAAAGAGUAUUAAAUGGUAUGGGUUUGGUAUUAUCCUCAUCUAUUUAGUAACUUUGUCAAUAUUUCCAGGUUACAUUACUGAGGAUGUUCAUUCUUCAAUUCUCAAAGAUUGGUACUCAAUUCUUCUUAUUUUUGGCUACAAUGUGUUUGAUCUUGUUGGCAAGUCACUCACUUUAGUUUAUGUUAUUAAAAAUAUCAAGAUUGUUGUUGGUGGAUGUGUUGGGAGACUUUUGUUCUUUCCACUAUUCUUUGUAUGUCUUCAUGGUCCUUUAGUCUUUAGAACUGAGGUUCCGGUGAUGUUGUUGACUUGUUUGAUGGGUCUCACCAAUGGCUAUUUAACAAGUGUUUUGAUGAUGAUGGCUCCAAAGGUUGUCCAAUUACAACAUGCCGAAUCUGCUGGGGUUCUCAUGGUUUUGUUCUUGGUCGCAGGUUUGGUUGUUGGUUCUGUCGUGUCUUGGUUUUGGAUCGUUUAGCUUUAUUAUAUACGGGAUCGUUUUAUCCAACACAAUAG